CGCCGACACCUCGCACGCAAGACCACUGCCAGGCGUUGCCUCGGGCGUUACAGUUGACUGAAGAAGACGAACAGCCACAGUGGAUAACACUCGUAUAGGCGCAUCGUAACCUUCGCGAACACAGCUCUGUAGCGGUCUUGCAAGCCGUAGCCCACAUCAACAUGGUAUCCUAAGUUGUCCGCUACAAGAAAGCGCUUACCACAAAGGCCAGCAUCUGUAAAGCAUUGGGUUCUCCGUUUAUUAAUUCCCCACUUGCCAAGCAUCCUGACAUAGGAGGAUGUUCUCUACAAAUGUAGACGUGUGCACCUCGCUCCAGCGCAUUUCAAGCGCCUUGGACCAAACCAGCAUCUCCGAGUUUCGUAACGCCCGCUUGGGUCGUCGACGUCCAUUGUCCUCCCAACAAGUGCAACCGCCGCGGCUGCAGCCAGGCGAGGCGAUCUAUGACAGUCCAAGCUACCUGCAGCUGCCUAGCGCCAUCGUACCUUUGCACAACGGAACAACGAACGCGUUGACGGUCUGUGCACAGUCUGCGCUCGGGGGCAAGGAUUCCGUGGAACAGUCAACCCCAGCAAUCCAAGCUGUUGUCGAGCUGCGCAUUGUGCCACGGGCGGCGGCGCUGAUUGCCGAGCUGUUCCAGGUAACAGGAACAUGCAAUGGCCCUGGAGACGAGGAAGGGACAUCCGCAGCGGCACCAUGCACGUCACCCUCCUCUGCUUCCUCAUCAGCUCCCGGCCCUCAUCAGAUCCCACCGGCGGGGCCCGCUGGCAGCGCCGCACAGCUUAUGCACGUAACCCGCUACGUGCUCCUCGCCUUGGAACUAAUGCACGUGAUGACUACAUGUGCAACGCUGGGCUUCGAAAUGUACGCUAGUGAAGCCGCAACAAACGUAAGGUCUACCAUUACUAGCCACCGUGCCCAGCUGUACGAGCAGCUUUGUGACGUCACUCUCGGACGCGCCAUGGCUGCUGCCGUACGGUUCGUUCAGUUGGAGGUCUGGCCGCUGUUUGCGGCACCAGGGGCGGCAGUGGGAGGGCCCCAGCAGGCGCCACCAUCAGGCGCAAGCGGGCAGCGGCCAUCGUCCUCUGGAUGCUCAUUGGGCUCAAAGGAGCGGGCGGCUACACAGCUGAAGCUGUGUCAGGGCGCUUGCGGUGCAAUCUUAUCGGGGGCGCAAUUAAUAAGCCAUCUGGACUCUUUACAUAGAAGAUUGCCAACGUCGGGAGCGUCCGGAUCUAACGCCAGCCCAGCAUUAACGUGCUCGCCACAGCAGCAACGGCUGCAGCAACUAGCUUGCAUGUUGCAGCACAGCGGCCUACUGGCGGCGGUAUGCGGCGCGGUCCUCACUGCCCCGCCUCGAGUGCAGUUGAAGCCCACAGGCGGCCCCAGAAACGCUGGAAAGGGCCUGAACGAUGCAAUAAUCACAACAAUCGCGGUCCUAAGGACGCUUGUUGGCCGAAAUGUGCUGGGAUCAAUCCGAGGCGGAGACGACAAGGAGGCUUUGCUGGAUGCCCUGGCGGCACCCGAGGUGGUGCGGCUGCAACGCGGGCUGCUGGAGAGGGUGGUGGCGGAUGCAGGCGGCAGCAGCGACAGCACACACUCCUGGACGCAUCUAAACGGCAUUCGCCAGCUGGGACGGGCCAUCAAUGAGAUGAUGCCCAACGAACGAGACGCCUUACGCCCGGAAUGCAUGCAUGCGCUGUUUGCCGAGCUCGCAUUCAAGCCCUGGGUUGAGAUAGGCGAGUCACCGCAGCUCCGUCCUUCGGUGCCCAGCCCGCCUGAGCGUGUUCGGCUGGCACUGCGGCUGCUGCGGGUGUUGUACGGCCUGGCGUGCGGCCGCGGUGUGAAGGAGCAGUACGACAUGGCGUCAGCGGGGGCGAGGCCGGGACGGUUGUUGUGCAGCGUGGCAAGCAUCUUGGAAGCGCUGGUAGCCAUGCCCCCGGGCUCUUACGAGGAGCCCUCCAACGUGGGAAUGGUGGUUGAAGCCCAGAAGGCGUGUGCCUGGGCCCUGGAGAUUGUGAACAUGGUGGAACAGCGGGGCUGGCCUCGGGACGGGGCAGGCAUGGGGCAGCUGCGGGUGAUGCCCGAUUGCAUUCUCGCCCAGAUGAAGCUGCUGGCCGAAAUUGAGCUGCCAGCCGACACACUUCGCAGCCUGGCGCUACACCUGGGUCAGGCACGCCUGCUACGCUCCUUUGACGCCCGGCUGCGAUGCACUGCACGUGUAACGCUUGCCGCUACUGCUCCCGCUGCGACGGCCGCUGCUGGUGGUGGUGGUGGUGGUCGAGGUCCUGUUGUGGCAGCCGCUGCCGCACCCACCGGCUCCAUUGACCUAUCCACCUCAGCCCCUGUUGCACAUGCGCCCUUCACUUCUAUGCUCUGGUCCAUGCACGUGACGCUGCGCCCGUUGAUGGCUGAAAUGCUGCUCAACACUUGGGAACAGCAGCUGGGCGUGGCAGAGGGCAAGGGAGGUAGCGGCAGCAGCGGUAGCCGGGGCGUGGGCCAAGGCCUGCCCUCCAAGGCGGAGGGCGCAGGCGGAAGGAGCCAGCAGCACCAGCAAGCCAAUGACGCCGCGUGUGAACCAUGGGUCACCAAGCGGGAGCUCGGGUUCUUCAUUACGGUCAGCAAACUGGCGCUGCGAGAGGCGGUUGAGCUGGAGUGCCGCCGCUGGGAGCCAGCAGCGGCUCCACCAGCGGUGCCAGGUGCACCCGCAAGGGCGGCGGGGCAGACUAUGCCGUUGCCUCCGUAUACCCAGACAUGCUCACACCCAGUAGCGCGGGAACUGGCAGUCCAGCUACACUUUGCCCUGAACCCCGAGCGGGGCUUACUGGCCGUGUGGAAGCGCGCCUCUCCCCACCUGCAAGACUCCGCCGCCGGCCUGACAGAGGCGCUGAGACUGGUGACCCGGGCGGCAUGUGUGUUGGCGGCGCCGCUGCUGCUGCAACUGGUGAAGGAUGUGCCAGGAAAACGUGAGAGUAUGGAAGAGGUC